UGCUCAGGCGGAACCCUGCCAGGCUCAGGAUGUGCCCCAAGCCUGCCGAGGCCCAAACCUGUUCCUCCGAGAGUUUCGUGCAAAAUCCUGCGUCAGCCUGACUCCCGCUUAGCCUCCACCCCCUCCUCGACCCAGGCCGGAUCAGCAUGGUCCUGACGCUGCUAGGUCCAAAGCCUUUUGAGGCCAGACCUUGUUUCCACUCCAAAGCCUGCUAGGCCCCAGCACCCUCUUUUCUCCCCCCGUGAAAACCGCUUGCUGCUUUCUCAUACAGGCUCCAAGUCAUCAUGGCAGCCACUGAGAUCUCUGUCCUUUCUGAGCAAUUCACCAAAAUCAAAGAACUCCAGUUGAUGCCGGAAAAAGGCCUGAAGGAGGAGGAGGAAGACAGAGUGUACAGAGAGAAAGACCAUCAGAGUCCUAGUGAGUUGGAGGCGGAGUGUACCGCUCGCGCCCUCCAGGACCUGGAGGAAGGGCUGGAGCUGCUGCCCGCUUCCUCCGAGGAGAGUGACAAGCACAUCCUGACCCUGCAGACGGCGCCCUUCACUUCUGAAGCUUUCGAGUUGCAGGAUUUGAGCUUGCUGAGCAUACAGCAGCAAGAAGCGGGGCAGGUGAUGGUACAGCAGGCUGGCCCUGGGUUGCUGUGGCUUGAGGAGGGGCCCCAGCAUAGCUUGCAGCAGUAUUUGGCCAUAAGUAUCCAGGAAGAGCUGUACUCCCUGCAAGAGAUGGAGGUGUUGCAGCUCCCCCUUCUAGAGGAUAAUGUGAUGGCCAGUGAAGAGAGCAAGUUAGCGGCGAGCCUGGCUGAAAGUGCUGGACCGACUAAGCUCCAGGAAAGGCAGGAGAAAGAGCAGUUAUUGCCUGAAAGAAGAUUGGCUGAAAGAACAAAGGAGCAAUUCUUACAUUUGGAAUCGAUGCCAGAAGACAAAGGAAGUGACGAAAUCUUUCUGAAAAUUUCAAAUUUUAACAUGGAAGAACAAGAGGAUCAACCUAUAGCUGUUCCAGCAAAUGUUGAACAGGCCAAAUCGGCAAAAAAUCAAAGUCAGACAAAGGGAGCAAAACGCACCUUCUGCUGUGAUGUCUGCGUGUUCACCUCUUCUAGAAUGUCAAGUUUUCAUCGUCACAUGAGAACUCACACCAGUCAGAAGCUUCACUUGUGUCACCUCUGCCUGAAAACCUUCCGCACGGUCACUCUGCUACGGAACCACGUCAAUACCCACACAGGAACCAGGCCCUAUAAGUGUAGCGACUGCAACAUGGCAUUUGUCACCAGUGGAGAACUUGUCCGACACAGACGCUAUAAACACACUCAUGAGAAACCCUUUAAAUGCUCCAUGUGCACGUAUGCCAGUGUAGAGGCAAGUAAACUGAAGCGCCACGUCCGAUCCCACACGGGGGAGCGCCCCUUCCAGUGCUGCCAAUGCAGCUACGCCAGCAGAGACACCUACAAACUGAAACGCCACAUGAGAACACACUCAGGUGAGAAGCCUUACGAAUGCCACGUCUGCCACGCCCGCUUCACCCAGAGUGGGACCAUGAAAUUACAUACUCAGCAGAAACACAACGAAAACGUCCCCAAACACCAGUGCCCCCAUUGUGCCACCAUCAUUGCACGGAAAAGUGACCUGCGUGUCCAUAUCCGCAACUUGCAUACUUACAGUGCCGCAGAGCUGAAAUGUCGCUACUGUUCUGCUGUCUUCCAUGAACGCUAUGCCCUCAUUCAGCACCAGAAAACUCAUAAAAAUGAGAAGAGGUUCAAGUGUGAACACUGCAGUUAUGCCUGCAAGCAGGCACGUCAUAUGACUGCUCACAUUCGUAUCCACACUGGAGAGAAACCAUUCACCUGCCUUUCCUGCAAUAAGUGUUUCCGACAGAAGCAACUUCUAAAGGUUCACUUCAGGAAAUAUCACGAUGCCAGUUUCAUCCCAGCUGUUUACAAAUGCCCCAAGUGUGACAAAGGCUUCUCCCGCUGGAGUAACAUGCAUAGACACUCGGAGAAGUGUGGCUCAGGGCAAGCGAAGGCAGCCACUUCAGGAAAAGGAAGAACAGGAAAGAGGAAGCAGACUGUCCCGAAGGAGGCCACGAGGAGAGACGGAAGCUGAAGUGA